AUGGCAGCCAAACGUCCAGACAACCCAGAUGGGAUGCCUGCAAAACGUCAGAAGACCGCCGGCGGCAUGGAUCCUAAAGACAACCCUUACCUUGCUCAUUGGUACGACAACGAGGCGAAUGGACACACGAAUGGUUCCUCAACCCCUCCGAUGGCCGGUGACGGCCCCCUCGCCGACUUCCAGCGGCACAAGACCACCGCUGCGAUGGCUCGAAAAGCCGAAGACUCUAAAGUCAAUCCUUUCACAGGCCGACCACAUUCCGAUCGAUAUUUCUCCAUCCUACGUACCAGAAGGGAUCUACCCGUCCAUGCCCAGCGAGACGAGUUUCUUCAGUUGUACCAGAAGUCCCAAAUCCUUGUCUUCGUGGGCGAAACUGGUUCUGGAAAGACGACACAAAUCCCCCAAUUCGUCCUCUACGAUGACUUGCCACAGCAAGAACGCAAACUUGUUGCCUGCACACAGCCUCGCCGAGUGGCUGCGAUGUCAGUGGCAGAGCGUGUCGCGAAUGAGCUGGACGUCAAACUUGGAGACGAAGUGGGUUACAGCAUAAGAUUUGAAGACAUGACCAGCCAAAAGACGAUACUCAAAUACAUGACGGACGGCAUGCUACUAAGAGAGGCCAUGAACGACCACGAACUCACCAGGUACAGCACCAUCAUCCUCGAUGAAGCCCACGAGCGGACGUUAGCCACAGACGUAUUGAUGGGUCUCCUGAAGGAGGUGGUUUUACGCAGGCCAGACCUCAAAUUGAUCAUCAUGUCUGCAACCCUGGAUGCUCAAAAAUUUCAGAGAUACUUCAACGACGCGCCUUUGCUUGCCGUUCCCGGUCGUACGCAUCCUGUCGAGAUCUUCUAUACUCAAGAGCCCGAACCGGAUUACGUUGAGGCAGCAAUCAGAACUGUUCUGCAGAUACACGCCACGGAACCCGAAGGAGACAUCUUACUAUUUCUCACUGGAGAAGAAGAAAUCGAAGACGCGUGCCGGAAGAUCUCGCUGGAAGCCGACGAAAUGAUCCGUGAGGCUGAUGCCGGCCCCAUGAAAGUGUAUCCCCUCUACGGCACGUUGCCUCCCGCACAACAGCAAAAAAUCUUCGAACCAGCUCCGCCCCCGCGGCGACCUGGCGGUCGAGCGGGCAGGAAAUGCAUCGUUGCCACCAACAUUGCAGAGACGUCCCUGACCAUCGACGGAAUAGUGUAUGUGGUCGACCCUGGCUUUUCGAAACAAAAGGUGUACAACCCGCGCAUUAGGGUCGAAUCCCUUCUCGUUUCGCCCAUAUCAAAGGCUUCUGCUCAACAGAGAGCUGGUCGUGCCGGUCGUACUCGGCCUGGAAAGUGUUUCAGGUUGUACACUGAAGGUGCCUUCAAGAAGGAGCUCAUUGAGCAAACUUACCCCGAGAUUCUCCGUUCCAACCUCUCGUCUACUGUUCUGGAGCUGAAGAAACUCGGAAUUGACGACCUCGUGCACUUUGACCUCAUGGAUCCUCCUGCUCCGGAGACUUUGAUGCGAGCUCUGGAGGAGUUGAACUAUCUCGCAUGUUUGGACGACGAUGGCAACUUGACCACCAUGGGCAGGCUUGCCUCCGAGUUCCCUCUUGAUCCGGCCCUGGCAGUCAUGCUUAUCUCUUCGCCCGAAUUCUACUGCUCGAACGAGAUCUUGAGCUUGACGGCUUUGCUGUCCGUGCCUCAAAUCUUUGUCAGACCGGCAUCGGCGCGAAAACGUGCAGAUGAGAUGAAAAAUCUCUUCGCUCAUCCUGAUGGUGACCAUCUGACCAUGUUGAACGUCUACCAUGCAUUCAAAGGUCCUGAAGCGCAGGCGAACCCGAGACAAUGGUGUCACGAUCAUUUCCUGAGUCUCCGAGCUUUACAGUCAGCCGAUAAUGUGCGUCUGCAGCUGAAACGAAUUAUGGAACGGGAAGAAUUGGAGUUAAUGUCCACGCCGUUUGAGGACAAGAAGUAUUACGAAAACAUCCGGCGAGCACUCGUGUCUGGAUUUUUCAUGCAGGUAGCGAAGAAGGAAGCGAAUGGCAAGACGUAUACGACGGUCAAAGACAACCAAACCGUCCUUUUGCAUCCGAGUACGGUUCUAGGCCAAGAGAGCGAAUGGGUGGUUUACAACGAAUUUGUGCUUACCAGCAAGAACUAUAUUCGAACCGUCACCAGUGUCCGAGGCGAAUGGCUACUCGAUAUUGCACCAGGUUAUUACGAUAUAGACAGCUUCCCCAAGGGUGAAGUCAAGACGGCGCUUCAGAGGAUCGCAGAGAGGGUAGCUCGGCGGCAAAAGGUGAAAAGUGGACGAUAG